ACGAACAAGUGCGCUACGCCGAGGGCACCAGCUGAGGGCGAGCAGACCUCGAGCAGCCGCCGGCGCCGCGGCCGUUGCUACCAUCACAGCACAGUCGGGGUCUCAGGCCCAGAAGGCGGUGACCGAGGAUGUCGUCCACCGCGGCCUUUUGCCUUCUCUCUACUCUGGGGGGGUAUUUGGUCACCUCGUUCUUGUUGCUUAAAUACCCAGCGUUGCUGCACCAGAGAAAGAAACAGCGAUUCCUCAGUAGGCACAUCUCUCACCGCGGAGGUGCUGGAGAAAACCUGGAGAACACCAUGACAGCCUUCCAGCAUGCAGUUACCAUCGGGACGGACAUGUUAGAACUGGACUGCCAUAUCACAAAAGAUGAGCAAGUUGUAGUGUCGCAUGACGCAAAUCUGAAGAGGUCAACCGGGGUCAACGUAAACGUCUCUGAUCUCAAAUACUGUGAGCUCCCACCUUACCUUUGCAAACUGGACGUCCCAUUUCAGAGAGCGUGCAAGUGUGAAGGAAAAGACACCCGAAUCCCGCUGCUGAAGGAAGUGUUUGAGGCCUUCCCUGAGACCCCCAUCAACAUCGACAUUAAAGUGAACAGCAACGUGCUGAUUCAGAAGGUCUCAGAACUGGUGAAGCAGUAUAAGCGAGAACACCUGACGGUGUGGGGCAACGCCAACUCUGAGAUUGUAGACAAGUGUUACAAAGAGAACUCAGAUAUUCCUAUACUCUUCAGCCUGCAGCGUGUUCUGCUCAUCCUCGGCCUGUUCUUCACCGGCCUCUUGCCCUUUGUGCCCAUUCGAGAACAGUUCUUUGAAAUUCCAAUGCCCUCUAUCAUACUGAAGCUAAAAGAACCUCACACUAUAUCCAAAGGUCAUAAGUUUCUCAUCUGGCUUUCUGAUACCUUAUUAAUGCGGAAAGCUUUAUUUGACCACCUCACUGCCCGGGGCAUUCAAGUAUACGUUUGGGUUUUAAAUGAGGAACAUGAGUACAAAAGAGCCUUUGACCUGGGAGCGACUGGAGUGAUGACAGACUACCCGACAAAGCUUAAGGAGUUCUUAAACAAUUUUUCACCAUAAAAAAAAGUAACUCCGAAUCAUUCAAAGGAGUCAUGACCAGAAAAGAUCUGAGGAGAGGUGUGUUAACCAUGGUGUCCCUGGGAUUUCCAGGGUGAUAAAAGGUUUAAUCAGUUAAGUUUUAAUACCUCAUUUUUUUAAGUCUGUAUGGGAAUGUAGAAACUUCCCUAUCUUGUGUAUUUAUUUUCACCAAUAUUGCAUAUUUUACAUUGGUAACUUGUUUGAAGGUAACCGGCGCUGAAAUGUAGAUCAUUGAUCAAGGUAUCUGCAUAGGAUGCAGUAUUCUACUAUUGUAAAUCUGAAAUCAAAGGCUAGAGGCAAACUGUGUGUUAGCCUUCACUGAAACAGGAUCAACCGCCAUCAGAGAAGAUUCCUGAGCAGGGCAUGGUGACUUGAGCCUGCCAUCCCAGCACACAGGAGGCUGAGGCAGGAGGAUCAGGGGUUUGAGGCCAGCUUGGGCUACAUAAUGAAACCCUGUCUUAAUUGGUUUUUUUUGUUUUGUUUUGUUUUGUUUUUUUAGUAAAAAAGCAGAAAAUUAUUGAAGGCCAUUACAGCCAUUUUUGAAUUGUCUCUUAUGUCUAGGUGCAUUUUAGUUUAAGGGAAAAUACAGGGGAAGAGGAACCUGAAAGAAAUGUGUAGUUCUUACCUGGUAGGGUGUGUCCUGUUCACAGAGGGAAAAUUCAAGCCAAUAAGAGUUUAUUAUAUGGAAAUUCAAUCUGUGGGCUGAGACUGACUCCUGGGUUGUGGUUGCUAAUGGAGACAUUCCAGUUGGAGUCUUUGUUUUUCAGGUAUGUGACAAUGCUGUCAUGCCAAUUUUUUCUUAUGUCUUUAAAAAUAGACGUUAUAAUUAUAAAGUAAGGCAAGAUCCAAUUAGUCAUGUUUUUAUGUUUCCUCAAGAAUAUUUGAUUCGAUUCUUUGGGCUUGAGUAGACUGAACCUGGAUGUGGGCUGUCAGUGACGUGGCAGCCUUAUAGUGAUUGGCUGGUGGGAGCACCGUUUAUCGAGAGUGCCUGCUCCUGGCUCGAGCUCACUUCAGUCCUCUGAGGCGCAGACACAGCCAGUUUCCCAGCAUUACAAGCCGCUUCCUCUGCCUUCCCAUGUGACUUCAUGCAGAUCCGUCUCUAGCCUUUUUGACUAAUUUUCAUGAUGUCAGAUGGGGAGAUAAAUUCAGUAUAGCAUACUAGACGUCUUUUGCCUAAAUUAUGUCUCUGCUACGGGGUCUGCCACGCACAGCAAUGGAGGACGGCCUCACUCUCCUUCUGUCGCUUUGUGGUCUAAAUUGUAAUAAAGUUUUACAAGAAUAAAA